AUUGUUGUGAUAAACUUAUUAAAUAGAUUGAUUGAUUGAUUCUGCUGAAUUGAGCCCUGCUUUUAAUGGCUGUCGUCGCAACAACUCUAGAGCUCAGCAGUGAGUCUUCCAAUCCUGAUGGUGAGCUGCAAAGUGAUGGGAACAAUAAGAAAAAAGGUGUAACGGUAUACGCUACAGAUACUGCUGCCGUCGCUACACAUGAAACAACGACAGUAGCGACGGCUGGCAAGGAAAUUUCUAUAGAACCAUCACCGCAACCAUCCAGACUGCUCCCUCAGAAAGAGUCGGAUCUCUACUUUGCCAACAAGGCAAUGAGACUGGAAAUAGCAGAGGAAAAAUUAAAGCGGGAAUGUCUACUCCCAGAUUUGGAUGGAGAAUUCGUGGCCAUGUUUGUGCUGACAGAAAUUGACCACUGGAACCACGACAGAGAACGAGUAGUGUUGCAGUGUGAGUGUAGUGUGUUGGUGGUGAAUUACAGCUUCAUCACUGAGAAGUGGAGCGAGCUCACCAGGAUCAAUCUCAAAUGCAUAUCCCGCAUACACUUUGCCAAGCAACUCACCUUCAAAAAGAUGUCUCUUCAGUGGCCCAGAGACGAUCCAUGUAUCAAGAUAACAUACCAGCGACUGACUGGACCAGUGACAGUGUCUGAGAACUGGAACCCAUUGGCCAAGCACCUCCCAUGGUGCAUCCUCACUUCACACCCCCUCAAGCGCAAACCAGAGGGCAACACAGACAAAUACGAUAUAAUUUCAUCAAUAUCACUGCCCAGAGACGAUCCAUGUAUCAAGAUAACAUACCAGCGACUGACUGGACCAGUGACAGUGUCUGAGAACUGGAACCCAUUGGCCAAGCACCUCCCAUGGUGCAUCCUCACUUCACACCCCCUCAAGCGCAAACCAGAGGGCAACACAGACAAAUACGAUAUAAUUUCAUCAAUAUCACUGCCCAGAGACGAUCCAUGUAUCAAGAUAACAUACCAGCGACUGACUGGACCAGUGACAGUGUCUGAGAACUGGAACCCAUUGGCCAAGCACAUCCCAUGGUGCAUCCUCACUUCACACCCCCUCAAGCGCAAACCAGAGGGCAACACAGACAAAUACGAUGUUGAGAAGUUCAAGUGUGCUCUGGUUGAGAUGGCGGACAAGUACCGAUUGCAGCAUCCCGAUGCGCCCCACAGUCCAGAAGUGAUACCAGAGGGCACCACGCCCAUCGAGAUGAAUGUGCGAGUAGGACUGUCCUCGUUCAUUGUGAACCAGAGCCAUCUGGCAUAUGCCAAAGACAGAGGUGGAAUACACUUUUGAUUGCCCGCCCGCCCCGCCCCCAUUGUACAAUGAGUUGCUGCCAAUGAGUGAGGCGACAAAUGGUCGAGUCGAAAGCGACAAUUCGCACUUUUUCAAAAAAAAAAAGCAACAAGCGCCCCCCCCCCCACCCCGCACC